UAACUUAACUAGUCUUUAAUACUAAUAUCGAGCAGAUUCGAACACAUUUUAAUCGCGGUCAUUUUAGAAUUAUAUUAAGGUUACUUGAGAAAUGUUUCAUUUAUAUUUAGAUGCAAUAAAAUCACGUUUAAAAGCAAUACUGUUUGGAAACUAACAAGCUAACGGCUAAGCUAAUUGUCGUUGCUAACGAAGCUAGCUGGUUAAUUUGACAGCCGCUUUUCUCAGUAUAAACUACGGACUGUUUAAUGUUGGCUAGUCAGGGCUAAUGCUGUGGACUGUCCUGCUUCUGUAUGGAGCAGAAAACUCAUCUCAUUACGGCAUUUGUGUUAAAAGGUGCUGUGUGUGUGACAAACUUCUAAAAGAAAAGGAUGCUGAGGAGAAUGAGUUUGUUCCCACGCCAGGGUGCUCCUCUGGGGAACCUUGAGCUGACCGAUGACGAGAUCCAAGAGGAGGUUGAGAACGACACACGUGAGUUGGUGUCCGAGCUCGUUAAUCUUCCAACCAGAGCCAGAAUACAGGCUAUACGAGCUCUGCCCAUGAGUUUCCACGAGCGGAGCUAUGUCAGGGGAAGAGUGCUGUCAGUCAAAGACUCAAAGAAGAACAUGUUCCCGGCGUGUUGCACUGACUGCCAUCAGCAAACCUCACUGUUUUGGCGCAGGUUUGGUGCCAGCGUGGCCACGACUCGGAAGCGCUUGGUGAUAUGGCAGGGUGCUCUGAAGGAGAUCGGUGGGCGUUUCGGCACCUCUGUACUCUCGUAUUUCUGCUUUCUCAAAUGGCUACUUAUGUUCAACAUCAUCUCGCUACUCAUCAAUUUCAGUUUCAUCGCCAUCCCACAGAUCAUCCACAGCCCCAACAUCACACACACAGUGAAUUUCAGAGGUCUGGAGCUGCUUACAGGAGCUGGCUACUUUAACCAGACGGUGUUUUUUUAUGGUGGUUAUAAUGGCGAAGAUAUCGUAAAUCAGCCUCCUUACAACAUGCGGCUGGCUUAUUUCUUCACCAUAGCAGCUUACAUGGUGCUUUGUGGAGUAUUGCUUAUUUACAGCAUGGCCAGAUCCUUCCAAAAGAACUUUGUUUUGGUAUCAGGCCCUGGGUACGGUGGUGCAUGGCGUCUUUUGUGUAGCUGGGACUUCAGCGUGGUUAAUGAAAAGGCCAUUCAGAACCACAAGAACAACCUGAGCAUUCAGUUAAAGGAAACUUUAGCAGAGCGACUUCAGAGAAAAGCCACGGUGUCGACAUCCACCGUUCUGAAACGGCUUGCACUUUACAUAGCGGCCUGGAUGCUGUGCGUCUGCCUCGCCGUCGGCUCCUGUGCAGCCAUCUACUUCCUGCAGUCACACCAGAGUCAACUGGUAAAUAUAUCCGGAUUUAGCAAUAGUUUAAACGAGGAGGCGUCCACUCUGAUCCUGCCUGUGGUCGUGUCCCUCAUCAAUCUCAUCAUCCCGCUCACCUUCUCGCUCAUUAAUAAAAUGGAGCACUACACCAACCCCCGCACCAACAUCUACAUCGGUAUCAUGAGAAAUGUUCUGCUGAAUAUGUCCAUCCUUGGGAUACUGUGUCACUACUGGCUUAAUGAGGUUCCCUAUUCCACCCCAUGUUGGGAAUCGUUUGUUGGUCAGAGCGUGUAUCGUCUGGUGUUGGUCGAUUUCAUCUUCUGCCUUCUCGGCUCGUUCUUCGGAGAGUUCCUUCGCAACAUAAUUGGAAAAAAAUGCUUCCCGAGCCUCGGAGUUCCCGAAUUUGAUAUCGCCACAAACGUACUCAAUCUUAUCUACGCUCAGACGCUAGCGUGGAUUGGGAUCUAUUUCUCCCCACUGCUUCCCAUCCUACAAGUCAUUAAGCUGUUUAUCAUCUUCUACGUGAAAAGGGUCAGCUUGAGUAUGAACUGUCAGCCACCAAAGCACAUCGGCAGAGCCGCUCAGAUGCAUACGGUUUAUAUAGCGCUUCUGUUUUUCCCCUCGUUCAUCGGAGCUCUCUCCCUGGUGUCCUACACCGUAUGGAGCCUGAAGCCUUCUGAGCAGUGUGGACCUUUUCAGGGUCUGGACAAACCCUUCCAGGCUGUUCAGCAGUGGAUGAACACAGUACACAACAUCCCAGGGUCUGAGUGGGCUUGGUGGAUAUUCGAGCAUGUGUUGAGGAGCGGGUUGUUCUUCUACCUCAUCACUCUUAUUGUCCUAGUUCUGACUUACUUCCUGUGGCAAGUCACUCAAGGCAGGAGGCAGCUCAUCCAAACUCUACGUGAGCAGAUCGUCAACGAGGGAAAGGACAAAACCUUCCUACUGAACAGAUUACAAAGCAUCCAGAAACAGAGAAGAAAUACCGCAGCCUUCAAUCCCCAGGAAUUCACAGAGAGAACAUACUUCAAUCAACACUGGGUAAACACCUUGCCCUUGGAAAUGUGAGGCAAUGUUUUUAAAGACUUUUGGCCUUGUGUUGGUGAGUAAUUACGAGAUUCCCACAAACUCUAUAGCCAGCCUGAACUCGGACCGUAUUUGGAAGUCAGCCGUUAGUGUUUUCUGAGCACCAGCAUCAACACGCUGCCCGAAUGCUUUAACGUUUCCUGCACAAACAUCCUUGAUUCAACUCUACAGAGAAAAAAAUAAUAGGUGCUGUGGUACAGGGUGGAGACUCAUUAGUGUAAUACAGACUUCUGUCCAGUAGGUGGCUGCAUUUUAUUAUACAGCUGAUACACUUUUAAUCAUUUCACAUUCUGUAAAGCUGAAAAAAGAGAGUUUGGUUUCGAAAUAUUAAAAUGUUUAUGUAGUAAUCCAUUUAAGAAAAACAACCGAGGAAUAAAAGAACGAAAGUA